AUGUCCAACCCAAGAAUUGAAGAACUUCCCGACGAGCCCGAGAAGAAGGGCGCCGAGAUCGAGGAUGCUGAGGACAGCUCCGACUCCGAGGUUGAGGCUUCUGGUGAGGCUGGCAUCCCCGCAGGUGCCUCUGUCGCCGUCCACUCCCGCAACGAGAAGAAGGCUCGCAAGGCCAUUGGAAAGCUCGGCUUGAAGCACAUCGAGGGAAUCACUCGCGUUACUCUUCGCCGACCGAAGAACAUCCUCUUCGUCAUCAACCAGCCCGACGUCUACAAGUCCCCAUCAAGCAACACCUACAUCAUCUUUGGUGAGGCUAAGAUUGAGGACUUGAACUCUCAGGCCCAGGCUUCUGCUGCCCAGCAGCUCGCCGCCGCCGAAGCCCAGGGCCAUGACCACGCUGGCCACGACCAUGACCAUGACCACGACCACGAUCACGAUCACGGCAAGGGCAAGGCUCCUGUUGAGGACAAGAAGGAGGAGGAAGAGGAUGAUGACGAGGAGGUCGAUGACUCUGGUCUCGAGGCCAAGGACAUUGAGCUUGUCAUGCAACAGGCCAGUGUCUCACGGAAGAAGGCCGUGAAGGCCCUCAAGGAGAACGACAACGACAUCGUCAACUCCAUCAUGGCCCUCAGCAUAUAAGCUCGCCAUGCUCGCUAAAAGGCUUACUCCGAGAAAGACUAGAUGACUUUACUCGAGUAACUAAAAUCUACGGGCUUCUAUCACUCAUGUAAAAGAACUUCUGAAAUAGAAUUUAUGCAUGAAUGAUCCCAAGGUCACAUAUUACUUCCCAACUUGGUUUAUGUGUAUUACGUGUGUGCCUGAACCUAAAUACCUAUGACAUUUG